AUGGACUGCAUGCAGCAGACUACACACAACAUCUACGGUGAGUUCUCUCUGCAGAUCUGAAGUCAUAAUGAAAUAAAUUUGAAGGUUACUUUAAUUGUAAUUGUAAUUUAUUUGAGAUUAAUACAUUAUUUCAUUUAAAAAUCAGAACAGUAUCCAGCAAAGCUAGAAAUGUACAAAAAUAAAAGCUUUUGUAUAUUUCAGGUUUAGUAUGAACACUUAUCCUUCUACCUCCAAUUAAAAUAAUGACUUAAUUUCUUUUUUGCUCAUUUUGAGUUGAUUUUGCAUCUUGGUUUAGCAUGCUUUUUUUUCUUACAUGUGUUUAAGUCCCUGAGGUGCUCAUAAAUUCUUAACUACAGGCUGUACGGUUGAGACAGUAAAUAACAUGACUGUAAAAAGUCAGGCAUGAACGAAUGGGAGGAGGGUCAGGAAAGGUGUGACAGAGCUGCAGAGCAGAUUUUCAACAUGUGAACAACCAUGUGAAGAAAAAAAACUGUGAUUUUUACUGACUGAAUAUUGUGUUUGCUGUGCAUCGUAGUUUGUUAGAAAUCCUCUUUUCCAUCCAAUACAUGCUGUGGAUGAUAAUUUUUUAACCUAAAUAUCCAAAACUUUCCACUUUCCCUCUUUUCAGCUUUUUCCUCACUUUCUUUUGUCAGAUUAACUGUUCAUAAUUAUCUUGCAAACAGUUUGUCAUCAAUGAGGCUUGCAUGGUUCAAAAUUUGUUUUCCAGGCUCUCAUGGUGACCAGUGCCAACUAAAGCUGGUCAACUAUGAGGCUCACGAGAACCACGUUUCCCAUGAGACACAGGGACUCAGCAAAACGCACCUGGUGGUGCGACGAGGGAAACCAUUCAAAAUCACUCUGGUGUUUGAUGGUCGCUGGGAUCCUCGCAUUGAGAGCCUGAGCCUGGAGGUUUGGCUAGGUAAUAAAGUCUGUAAUGUCAAUUAAAUCUAGACAGUUUUUAAUCUGAUAAUUAGAAAUUAAAUGGGACAAAUUCAAGUGAUAAAAGCGAGCGUUGACCGCCAGUCUUGAGAAAUGAAGCCAAUUCCGAGGUGCUGAACUGCUACUGAACAAGUGUCCACUUGUAGCUGACAGCAAAAACAACAAAAAAAAAAAACACAUACAAACUCAUUCAAAAAGCCAUUCUCUCUGAAUACACUGUACAUGGGGUUAAUUUUUAUUAAUGCAUGUGUUUUGAAGUUAUUGAGUUUGACAGUUUAAAAAGUGAGAGUCAGUACUUCCAAUAAGGCGACUGCUGCCACUAGGCUUCAAAACUUUGCUUGAGAAAUAAAUGGAUAACAUCACUAAGACUACACCCUUCCAUCAUACAGUCUAGUAACGCAUAAUUUAAUUUACCUUUUGACUCAGACUUACUUGGAACCAAACAAAAAGGCGGCACUGAGGAGUGUCAAAUGUCUUCCAGUAAACAGUUGCAGUUGUCCAACAGUAGCUCAACUCAACCAUGACGCUUAUUACGAAAAUCUGUCCAUAAUUCUUAAGAAAGCCGAAGGUGCAGAAACUGGUUUGGGGAGCUCUCAAGCCUUAAACUGCCCUCCAGUGGUCCCACAUGUUUCUUUCCAUGGCUGCUGUCCAUUAAACAUGAUCUGAUCAUGUCUGAAAAUCUGCAUGCCUGAGGUACAGGCUCCUAAGGGUCUGCAAUGACUUUUCUCAAGUCUUGGUAAGAUUGAUGGAGAUUACUGAAGUUUUAUGACUGAUGAAGCUGAAAGAAAGAGAGUCAAACGGUUUUUAAAGCUUUUGGCCACCACCAACCGUCUGACCUUCCAGUCUGGAGACAAUUAUCAUGUUACUCUCAUCACUAGACUGAGCUCUUACUUUGCAUUGCCAUAAAACUUUGGUUAAGCAAAAGGGUGUGAAAAACGUCAAUAAAUGCAUGUGUUCUGAAGUUAUUGAGUUUGACAGUUUAAAAAGUGAGAGUCAGUACUUCCAAUAAGGCGACUGCUGCCACUAGGCUUCAAAACUUUGCUUGAGAAAUAAAUGGAUAACAUCACUAAGACUACACCCUUCCAUCAUACAGUCUAGUAACGCAUAAUUUAAUUUACCUUUUGACCCAGACUUACUUGGAACCAAACAAAAAGGCGGCACUGAGGAGUGUCAUAUGUCUUCCAGUAAACAGUUGCAGUUUUCCAACAGUAACUCAACUCAACCACGACGCUUAUUACAAAAAUCUGUCCAUAAUUGGAAGCCGAAUUCCAUAAGCCAAAGGUGCAGAAACUGGUUUGGGGAGCUCUCAAGCCUUAAACUGCCCUCCGGUGGUCCCACAUGUUUCCUUCCAUGGCUGCUGUUCAUUAAAUACGAUCAUGUCUGAAAAUCUGCAUGCCUGAGGUACAGGCUCCUAAGUGUCUGCAAUGACUUUUCUCAAGUUUUAUGACUGAUGAAGCUGAAAGAAAGAGAGUCAAACGGUUUUUAAAGCUUUUUAAUCUCAAGGCCACCACCAACCGUCUGACCUUCCAGUCUGGAGACAAUUAUCAUGUUACUCUCAUCACUAGACUGAGCUCUUACUUUGAAUUGCCAUAAAACUUUGGUUAAGCAAAAGGGGCUGAAAAACGUCAAUAAAUCAUGUCUGUUAUGUCAUCAUUGCUAUGUUUUAGCAAGAACUGCUCCUGGUCAAAACAGACCAUGUGAACAUUCAAAUAUCCAUAGGUACCAUGGUAUCGUCUGGAUUGUUUGAGCCUUGUUUUGAAGACUAAGGGUUGAAGAGUACAGACUGUGCUUUUGUAAAAAAGCAGUGAACAAAAGGUCAGCAAGGGUCAAAGCCAGGGCAGGUGGUAAAACCAAGGCAACAAAUCGAAGAGGAAACAGGGCAGAAGCAAGAAUUAGAAGUCUGAAAAAACAGCACCAUCAACAGCAAACACAAAAAAGUCCAAAAGAAAAAAACAAAGAGGGCAGCUAACUUGGUGAUUUCUGUCUUAAUACAGGCAACAUGUCAGAGAGGAUCAGAGUCCAGUCCUCUGACGAGUGGUCCGACCCUCUGAUGUGGUCAGCAAAAAUCUACCCAGGUGACAUGCACUCUACGUCAGUCACCAUCCACAUCUGCUCUCCUGUUUUAUCCUCUGUGGCUUUCUAUGAACUCCAGCUCCACUUAGAAACCAGACAGUGCAGGAGGAGCUACGUUCUGGGGACAUUUGUCCUCCUCUGCAAUCCUUGGCUGAAAGGUGAGUCCAAGUCGAGCAGAAUAUAUAUAUAAUUUUUUCCACUAAUAUUCAUUAUUUUGUAUUCUUGGUUUAGUGGAAAUCCAGAAUCAGUUGGGAUAUUUGAUUCACGUAGUUUUGCAUGUACUUGAGUUUAAUAUCGAACAUGAACGACAUGACGAAGUGCAUCUUGGUGUGGAGAAGAAAAUGCCCUCACUGUGCACAUGUUGUGAUGAUUUCUUUAGAUGACCCAGUGUACAUGCCACUUGAUGUCCAAACAGAAGAGUACAUUAAGAGUGAUUAUGGGUUGAUAUAUAUGGGCACCCCUCAGAACAUCUGUAGGCGGCCCUGGCUGUUCAGUCAGGUAAGUGACGAAAGCAUCAUCUAAAUGUUAUGAAUGUGUUAUUAAUCACGACAUUUUCAGGUGAGGACACUUUUCUUUUGCUGUGUAUUGUGGUUUUAUUUGUGCAGUAUGAGCCUGGGGUCCUGGAGGCAUGUCUAAAGCUCCUGCAGGUCAGCCCUCAGCACCUCCGAGACAAAAACCAGGACUAUGCACUACGAGCAGACCCUGCGUACCUCUGCAGGGUGCUCUGUGCCAUGGUGAGGGAGGAUUAUGUUUGUUUGUUUGUACAUGGUAAAUACGCAAAAACGUGUUCUUGCAUUUAAGCCAAACUGUGCUCUCAGAAAUCCCUGUAAUAUGUCUCCUCUUGUCCAAGGUCAACUGUAAUGAUGACCUGGGGAUCUUGCAGGGGAAGUGGCAGGGCAGCUAUAAGAACGGUGUGAAGCCGACAGAGUGGAGCAGCAGUGCGGACAUCCUCCAUCAAUGGGUCGCUUCCAGCUGCAGCCCUGUUCGCUAUGGACAGUGCUGGGUCUUUGCUGCUGUUCUCUGCACAGGUACUGAAGGGGCACAAAGGUAAAAUGACGACAAAGGAACAAGAGAAGUCAGUUUGCAAAUUUAAGGGGGGAAUGUUGUCCUAUUCUUACCUGAUGAUUGAUUUAACUCAGUCAACAGGUUGGGUCAUCCUUUGAGGUAUUUUCUUCUUUUCUCACAAUGUGCCAAAUGUUUUUAGUGGAAUGCAGGCAGGCCACUUUAGCACCUGGACUCUUUUACUACAGAGCCAUGUUGCUACAACACAUGCAGAACAUGAUUUGGAAUUGACUUACUGAAACAUGCAAGACCUUCCUUUUGUCAGGACAGGCAGGGUUAAACAAUGAACAAGACUCAAAUGCAGAACAAAGGAUUAAAUUAAGAUUUUGCCUCAGUGAUUUUUGUGGAAUUUGCCUUUUUGAUGUUUCUCUUUUUGUUGCUUUUUUUCCAUUUAGUUCUUUUUAAAAAAAAAUUUUAUUAAAUCCUUUGUUCGGCAUUUGGGUCUUAUUCUUUGUUUAACCCUUUGCAUUGUGACAGCGGGAAGACAGGGACUAUUAACACACGAGGAAACGAGCAACAGGUGAGGCAGACGAGACACAGGUGAGGCAAACGAGACACAGGUGAAACUCAUUAGUGAUUAAUGAAGGAGGGAAAACUAAGGAAGUGAAGCCAGACUAGAAACACCGGGAACAAACACCUACAAAAUAAAACAGGAAACACUGAAAACUAAUAUAAAGAAUAAAACACAGAGAACAGGAGGGAAACAGGGUCAAGCACAAACUGAAAACUCACAAGACUGGACAACAGGAAAAAAAAGGAUACAGAAACACUAAACACACACACACACACACACACACACACACAGAUUACACUCAAAUAAAACCAAGAACAUAUCUGAACAGAACAUCUCAUGACACCUUUAACAUGAGAGCAUGUAAAAACCUGUCAGUGUUGUAUUGUUCAGCAUUAAUGGAGCCCCUCCAAUGUAGAGAUACCCACACCAUCGCUAACACUGACUUUUAACUGUGCUGGGUAGCCCCUCACCUCUCUAGAGUGGAGGAUUUAGUGUCCAUGAUUUCCAAGAAGAAUGUUAGAUUUGUAAGUCAGACCACAGAGCAGUCUUGGAAGGACUCAGGCCCAGAGAAAUUGUUGACAUUUCUGGACAUUUGAUGUAUUAUCUUUGCGCUAUUUUCAAUCAAAUGUAAGAUUAAAAUGAUCUGAAAACCAUCCAAAUCAGUUUUAAUGAAUACUUGACAAAGUCUGUAAGAUUUUUGGAACAAGUACUAUGCUUUUGAGAGUUUAAUUUUCAUACAGCUUUAUGCCUUUGCAGCAUUUCUUUUGCACAAACAACUGUUAUCUCUUCAGAAGCACAAUGGUUACCUUGCAGCAUUGUGUGCAGCACAUGUUACAAUUAUACACACCAGACCCUCACGUUAUAUUUCUAGUCAUGCCUCAUAUUUGGGUCUGAUCUCUGAUUCUAUUUGCAAUAAGUCGGAAGGUUUCUGCAGGGAAAAAGAUACACCUGGGGUUUAUUUGGGAGCUAACACAGUGAUACUACAAAAAGGUAGCAUUCAAGUCCAACAAAAUAAAAGCUUGUCAGAUGCUGUAAGCGAUAAGUUUAAAUGCUGCCUGGGACAUUAACUUAGAUCACAGAGGUGCCUAAAGUGAAUAUUUUCCCCUCCCGCCAUGUUCAUGAAGCUUAUGUAAACUUAAGAACCUGCUGUGACUGAUUUCUUUUUUCAGUGAUGAGAGUUCUGGGGAUUCCCUCCAGGGUGGUGACAGUUUUCAACUCAGCCCAUGACACUGACGGCAGUGUGAAGAUAGAGGAGUAUUACUCAAGCACAGGGGAAAAGCUCAACAUUUCAAAGGACAGCAUUUGGUUAGUUUCCUUUCUUCUCAAACCACAAAGUCAACUGUCAGUGUUUUACAUGUUCAGCUGCUGAGUUUAUACCAGAAAUAACAUCAGAUUUUAUUGUUACUACAUCUUAGUGCAGUAUUUUGUUGUCUGCCUGCAUGUCUCUGGGACAAUGCAAGAGUUUAGAUCGCAGAUAUAUGUCAGUGUUUUAAGGCUAAUUCAUGAGCUGGUUGUGUUUUAUGUGUGUGCUUCUGUCCCUGCAUGUGUGUCCUCUUGCAGGAACUUCCAUGUGUGGGUGGAGUGCUGGAUGAGGAGACCUGACCUCGGUUCAGGGUUUGAUGGUUGGCAAGUGGUAGACCCAACCCCCCAGGAGAAGAGUGCAGGUUGGUCCCUUUAUAACCACUCAAUAAAUAAGUCAGAUCAAGAAUUAUAUAAAGAUAAUAAACCCUCCUCUGCAGGGGUCUUCUGCUGUGGACCCUGCCCAGUUGUUGCCAUCCAGCAGCGUUGCCUCAGCACCCCCUUUGACGCCGCCUUCAUCUACGCUGCAGUUGACGCUGACAUCAUACGACUGGUUGUGCGUAAAGGGCUGGUAGUGGGCAGGAUGGUGGACACCGAUGCAGUGGGACAGCUGGUCUACACCAAGAGCAUUGGUUCUGACAGACCGGAGAAUCUGACAGCGGCGUAUAAAGGCAAAAAAAGUACGAUCAUGUCCACCGUCUGUAAGACUUUCUGCACAUUUACUCAGUUUGGAGGUUUCUCACUGUUUUCUAAUUUCUUUCCAAAAGAUCAACCAGCAGAGACCGUCAGAGGCACAGCAAGGACAGGUCAGUGUCCGUGUUAAAGAGCAUCUUAACCCACUCAUCUGUCCUCUCUGUGUGAUUUUUAAAGAUAUUUUCCUUUGCUUUGCAGGACAGCAACCAGUCAGAGCAGUGAUGAACAUAAGCAGCAGUGAGUAACAUGCAAAAAAGCAUCUUCACACUUCUUUACUCAUGCACAUCUUCACUCAAAGAUCCAUCGUUUAUUUUCACUUUUCUUCUUUUAGUCUCGUAAGGGCAUGAACAAAUUUCUCCAAGGCAGAUGUCUUUUCAAGUAACAUUUCUUACAAAUUUGCUUUGACUUUGUUUACUAUAGACAAAGUCAAUCUGGAGACAUUUUCAUGGCUGUUCUGGAGAGCUCAUGUCUUGAGUCGCCGAAUAAAUCAGAGAAAAGACAACAUCCCUACUUUAAUGUUCGAUGUCUUUUCUAUCUUGACAUCAUUUCUCUCAUGUUUACAGCAGAGUUUGGCUCCUCAUGUAGCUCUCAGCAGUCCGGUCCACUGUCGGGCAGAGCAGGUAAGCUUUUGUUUCGUUCAUGCUGUUAUUGAUACACACUUCUUUUAUCUCUUUUUCACACCUGUAGUUGAGCGAGUUGAGAGUUUUUCCAGAAGUCAUUUCAGACCACAAAAUCACUGCAUCCCUCCUCUUCUUCCCUCUUAGACCCAUCACAAAGUUUGGAGGUGUCUCUGGAAAUUGAUGGGGUGCCAACAGUAGGUGACUGCAUCAUCGUAUGUGUGACGAUCAGUAACCACUCAAAUAGCUCCAGAGUGUUGAUCGAACACCUCAACGCCCAGCUGAAGGAGUUUGACAGCAACCCUCAAGACAGCUUCUGGAAAAGCCGCAGAAAAGUGCACAUAAGGGCCGGGGAAGGUGAGGAGCCAUGCAUGAUCGACAGCUUUCUGAUGUGUUUACUCUCUUAUGUUCAUUUCUUUCCCCCUACAUCCUGUACAUUUCUCUGCAGUUUUGAAGCUCAACCACAUCAUAUCUCCCUCUGAGUACGAGGCGUACCUGGCAGGUGAUGACAUAGUGAAUGUGGCGGUGGUGAUAAAAGACAUGAGGACUAACAAAAGAGUCUUGGCAGCACAGGAGUUCAGCAUAAACUCGCCUCAGAUAAAAGUGGAGGUGAGACAGCUCGUCCAAAUCAUGAAUACAUUAUUCAUUUCUUCUCUAUCUCCUUUUUUUAUUAACUAUGCAAGAUAAAACUUCAUAACGGUGUGAUCAAAUCUUCACCUUUUCAGCGAUUUCUUCUGUUUCCUCUCUCAAAGUUCCGAUAUUUCAUGACAGCUUGUUUUUUUAAACACAGCGGGCUGGCUUAGGUUGACAGUCUCUCAACACUUUCAGGAAACAGUUUUCCAGCUAGGACCACAAAUCUUGACUUUUGUCGGCUUCUGAUGUGACUGUAAAUCACUUUUGAUACUGCUGAUCACUUCCAAAUUGUCAGCAAACCCUUCAGCAAAAUCCUGCUUCAAUAAGCCAAUUGCACAAAUAACUUGUUUUCUAGUGUGUUUACAUCUGAUGCAAAUUAAAUCAUUGACUCAAAUUUCUAAUUAACACUUAAUUUGUGCAUCUGAAUGAUAAAUAUUCUUUUAACUUGUUCAUUUUGUGUGCUACAUUGUGUCCAAGCAAGUGCCCAAACACACAAAUUUAUACAAGAAAGCGCAAAGUGUUUUCUUUUUCCUAGUUCAGUCUGUUUACAUCAAACAUGGUUGAGUUUGACAACAUUAAGGGAAUUAAUUUUUUUAACAACCUGAUCAACCUCAAAACUCACUUUUCCUCCAAGUGCAUUCUUUAAUAACUCGUGUUGUCUUUACAUUGACUCUACAUACAAUGUAUACACGCAAAUAAUUUCACAUGCAUCUGCUGUGAACACAACAUCAUCUUUGUCCAAGUCUUUGUUAGUGUCUUUACAAGCAGAUGCCAUGACGGCACUUAAAUACAGCUGCCUUAGGAAAUUGUUAUUCCCCGCGGUGAAGAUGUUUUCUGUCAAAUUACAGUCAUAUUUUUGAGCCUUUAGCCGAUUCAACUUGUUUUUUUGGAAAGUUUACAACGAGCUAAAUUACUACUUGUCAGCAGGAAGACUCUGAACCAAACUCUGAACAGAUGGAAAGCAAAAAUGUUCACUCUUUGAAAGCAUACACUGUAUGAAAGAAGUGCAUGCAACCAUAGUGAUUAAAACAUGUGUUUUAAAGUCUCAGGUAGAGAUGUAAAACCCUAGUUUUCACUUCUAUUAACUCAGGGACUCAUUGAAACAUGUUUUUUAAUAUCAUUAUAUCAUCUUUUGUUUCCACAGAUUGAGGGAGGGAACACCAUCAAGCUGACAGAGGAGCACACAGCUCAGGUGUCCUUUAUUAACACAUUUUCCCAAACCCUGAGUGGAGCUGUGCUAACCGUGGAGGGAUCUGGCCUUUUAGAGGGAAAACAUGAAGCCAGGUGAGUCAAUUACCUGCUGAAAACACAACUGAUGUCAGAAAAAAAGAGAAAAGGGGUCAGGUGCCACAUUCCAGCCCUUCAAUGUCUGUACUGGAUAGGAAAAACAGAAACAUGUCCGAGGAAUGUUGUCCAGGAAUCUUGCCAGGCAAGUUUUAGCUGCAAUAGGAAGAAUGUUGUUGUUGUUUCAUCUUCGUACAGUCCUUCAGAUGAGGUCAAGGUCCGAUAAGAUGCAAUAAAUAAGCCUCAUGCUUAUAUUAAAAACAACUUCUUUAUUUCUACAGCUGACCCUCUUACACACCUCCCUGUAGCUCACUGCAAGUAUUCUCAAAGACAUAUGUUUCAGGAUCUUGUUGUAGAAGCAGUCAUACUAACAGUCCUUGUGAGCAGAAACUACAGUUUCAGAUUCUUCUAGGUUGGCAGGUUUUCCAGUGUUAAUUAUAAACUUUUUAUUUGCCCUGAAUAUUACAACUAUGGUUACAGCUGCUGCUUUUGAAGUACCAAGUUCAUAGCUUUUAAGUUGCAAGAAGCAAAGUCCCAAAUCAUUCCUUACUUUUGUUAAGAUUUAUCCUUAAGAGGACUUAAUUUGCAAAUUUAAAGCUCCUAUAAGUAGUUUUAUUAUUAUUUUUUCAUAUUGAUCUUUUUUUAAUCGAAAAGGAAACAAAACCAUGAAGGUCAAGACUGGCAAUUAUCAUGCUGCCAUUAUUUAUGCCUGAAACCAGUGUAAGGGGGAUUGGUGUCAGCUGGGCAGCUAAAAAACAGUGCUGUUUUUAAAAUUUCUACAUAAAAUGUUUACAAUAAAUAUCAAACUUGACUGCCAAAAGUCAGCAGGAUGAGUGGACAAGAUAAGCAAAGACUGUAUUGUCCACAGGGGGCGCCACAGUUGACACAAACAGAAAGUUCCUCUCUCUGCACAUUUACUUUGCUUUAACACCAUACAGUGUUAAAGAUUAUGUGAGACCAGUGAUUUAGAUCAGUGUUAUGUCUACUAACACAAUAAAUCUCACGAAAAGUUGAGUUUUGUUGUGUGUUUACAAUCUGAUUUGUAGUGACCAGGCCUUUCAAAGUUUUUGUCUUCUCUGACAGCUUAACCUUGACGAAUCUGAGUCAUGUUGUUAGUUUCAGAAAACUCAAACAACGAACAGGAAUACUGAUUGAUGAUUUAUUACUGAAGUAAAGACCUGCAAAGUUGAGUAUUAAAGGCACAAUGUGGGUUUUUUAACUGGUUGAGAAACAGACUGAAACUGACACUGAUGCCUCUUUAUGAUCUCCAAAAACAAACAAAACCAUCAGCAACAUGACUGAUCAAUCCUCUGCUGUCAUUUUUUAAGGCCUGAGCCCCCUGUCAGGGGUUUGACAGCAGACAGCCGCAACCACCACAAACCCAAAGUUGGCCUCAUUCAUGGAUUAAGUCCCUCUUUUUUUCUAUUCCAGACUGUGUUUUCUGCAGCACGGUGAGAAGAUAGAGAAGCAGGUGUCCAUCGUGGCCUCUUCACCUGGUACUAAAGUUCUGAUGGUGACUUUAUCCCACAGGAAUUGCCCCGGCAUUGUUUCCAGAAGCUUUCACACAGUAUUUGUCAUGUCUGCCUGA